AUGAACGAAUCAGGAUUGACGAAAUUUUUGACACCGCUCGGUCAAGGCUCAUCAUGGGCAGCCAAGUGUGUGCGCCGCCUGUUGGAAGCUGACAACCUCACGGAGAUCGCCCAAGGCUUCGUUACCCAGAACGGCUACAAGCCUGUCAAACUGGCAAAGGGCGUAUGGGAUGCAUGGGGUAUCGAUGUGGAGACUUGUCAGACGUAUUGCGGCAGGCAGAAUUUCCCUAUGGUCUUCAAUUUCCCGAUCUUCACGUCCGGUGUGACCAACUACCUACUCCCAUGGCUGGGCCUAACUGCUCAAUUGCCCUACGAGACGGGUUCCGUAUCCGGGAACUUUGAGAGCUUUUGUCUCGCUGUGGGAAGCCCGAUGCUGACGACGUUCUCUCUGAUGUCCACGACCCUCAACGCGCAUUCUACGUCGAAGGUUUUCAAGGCCAAAUUCUAUGGGAAAACGAAGCACAAGAUGACAGAGGCAGUAAACGCGGCCGAGUACUUCCUCUGUGGGUCCCAGCAGUCGCCUGUCAGGAUACAGGAGGAUCAAUUCCACCAGAUGUUCAACGAAGAACCGGCAAAGCUCCGUGAUCGAUGGGUCAUUGCGCAACAACGUCUCCAUAAUACCCGGCGGCAGUAUACAUUCUCACUUGUAGCCCAGACCUCAUUCGCCGUCAUUGCGUGGAUUCUCACCAUUAUCGGAUCCUACGUCACGUCGCUUGGUCAGCCUUCGGAAGCUCUUUUGCUUUCAUCCGGUACGCUCUGGACCUGGCUGAUACCGGUUGUACUAGGCUGGAUGGCCGCCGGGGUGCAAUCUCGGGAGAACUCGGUCCGGGACGCGAUCCAAGGGGAAGUGAACUCUGGAGAGACUACGCCUAUGAAGGCACUUGAAGCCAGGUCGGGCUUCCUGAAUCACCCAGACCAGGUGUUCGAAGCACUCUUGGGAGACGUCCAGGGUGACGAGAAGCUGCAGGGCCCGGCUUUUAAUUAUGCGCGCAUCUUGACAUAUCCGAAGCUGCGCAACAGAGUCGUCAGUGCCUUUGAAGACAAGAUUCCUUCCUUGAGCCAACCACCCUUGGAAGGAAUCCCUCUCGAUCCUAUCGAUCCGGCUACAGAGGCUCAACACUUGCAGGUAGAUAAAGAGAUCCACAAACAAGAUUCAGCCCGAAGCUCAGCCCUCGACUCAACCACAGCCGCAUCACAGGCAUCUUCGACCGGAUACCAAAACCCCCGUCACACGAACACAAACCAGCUCGAAACAGCCCCAGCAAUCAUCCCUCCAAGCGCCCAUGCUCCGUACAUGACCUGGCACGAAGUCAGCUCAAGUUCCGACUGGAUAAAAAACUUCCUCAUCUCCAACUUCGUAGCCGUCAUCCUCCAAUGGGGCGUCACCGGCUCCGCAGUAGUCAUAGCCUACCUGACCGAAGUCAAGGGCCUCGGAUGCCGCUCAGGAAGCUACCUCCUCUACGGCAUCUUCGCCACCUCCGCCCACAUCUUACUCCUCGCAUCAGUCUUCCUCUCCCACCACGCCAUGCUAAUGUACCAAACGCAAUUCCAAACUCAAACAGACCCCCAGCCCGCGACCGCCCCCACCCCCUCGCGCAGCGCUCAACACGAGCUCUUCUGCAUCCUCGCCGUCCUCACGCGGUACCUAGGAAAAUCCAUCGUCGUCAUCAACGCCCUCUGGAUAAUUCUAAGUUCCAUCUUCGAACUCAUCGGCUUCUACGAGAGCUGCUGGUGCACCGGCAGCGUACUAGGGCUGGGCAAAAAAGCGUGGGUCGUGCUCUUCGUGAGCGGCGAUACGAUGAGGGAAGACGCGGAGCCGUCGUGGAUCGGUGGGCUGGCGAUGAGUCUGCUUACGAUGGGGCUUACGUACUUGUUGACGAAGUCGUAUUCGUGGGGACGGAAGAAUUGA